GGCUUCCCAAGAACCACAUUCACCGAGCAGCCAUCCACUUCCCGUCAGCCUCAGCUCCGCCGCCUCCAUCGAAGAGUAGCAAAUGGCUGGAAGUAUUGACAUGAUGUUACGAGACCUAAACCUGGAAAAAGUUGAAUCAUUACCGGAGGAUUUUGAUCCGACCACCGUUAUCAAAGAUCCUUUGCCUCCUAUUGCUCGUGAUUCUUCAGGUUUAAACGGCGGUCAUCCAGUUAAUGGCCAGGAAAAACCGAGGGAAAUUGUUCUUGGAAGGAAUGUGCAUACUACUUGCCUUGAGGUAACAGAGCCUGAUGCUGAUGAUGAGGUUACUGGAGAAAGGGAAGCUUAUAUGGCUAGUGUAUUGGCUAGAUAUAGAAAAUCCUUGCUUGAAAGGACCAAACAUCAUUUGGGCUAUCCAUAUAAUCUGGAUUUCGAUUAUGGUGCGUUGUCUCAGUUGCAACAUUUCUCCAUUAACAACCUUGGGGACCCAUUCAUCGAGAGCAAUUAUGGUGUCCAUUCCAGGCAGUUUGAGGUUGGUGUAUUGGAUUGGUUCGCUCGUUUAUGGGAAUUGGAAAAGAACGAAUACUGGGGUUACAUUACAAACUGUGGAACAGAAGGCAAUCUUCAUGGCAUACUAGUCGGGAGAGAAGUCUUUCCUGAAGGGAUUUUGUAUGCUUCACAUGAAUCACAUUAUUCCAUUUUCAAAGCAGCAAGGAUGUACCGAAUGGAUUGUGAAAAGGUCAACACGCUCAUCUCUGGGGAGAUAGAUUGUAAAGAUUUUAAAGCUAAACUCUCUCUUCAUAAGGAUAAACCAGCAAUCAUCAACGUGAAUAUAGGAACCACUGUGAAAGGAGCCGUUGAUGAUCUUGAUCUGGUUAUAAAGACCCUUGAAGAAACAGGAUUCACACAUGACCGAUUCUAUAUCCAUUGUGAUGGGGCUUUGUUUGGUCUAAUGAUGCCUUUUGUUAAACUCGCACCGAAAGUUUCUUUCAAGAAACCCAUUGGAAGUGUGAGCGUUUCAGGUCAUAAAUUCGUAGGUUGUCCAAUGCCAUGUGGUGUUCAAAUAACACGAUUGGAGCAUAUCAACGCUCUUUCAAGAAACGUAGAAUAUCUUGCUUCUAGAGAUGCAACGAUCAUGGGAAGUCGUAAUGGCCAUGCUCCCUUAUUCCUCUGGUACACCUUGAACCGAAAAGGGUACCGAGGGUUUCGAAAAGAGGUCCAGAAAUGCCUCAGAAACGCGCACUACUUAAAGGGUCGUCUCACAAGUGCUGGGAUCGGAGCUAUGCUUAACGAACUCAGCAGCACAGUCGUUUUUGAGCGGCCUCAGGAUGAGGAGUUCACGCGCAAAUGGCAGCUUGCUUGCCAGGGGAACAUUGCACAUGUCGUGGUAAUGCCGAAUAUAACCAUCGAAAAACUCGACGAUUUCGUGAACGAACUCAUCGAGAAACGUGCGAUUUGGUACGAAAGCGGGAAGCUUCAGUCGCCCCCUUGUGUUGCAUCCGACUUAGGUAACUCGAACUGUCUAUGUGCGAUACACAAAGGGACAGCUCUAGAGUCGUGAAGAAUGAUCAUGUGGUUCUUUUAGUUAUGAUAUGUCGAAAUCGUGUUAGUUGUCGUUCUGUGUCUUUGCAGUUAUUUAUGUUACACGAUGGGAACCGAAUUCGGAGUGUUGGCAUUGUUAUUGAUAUUUAAUCGUAACGUUAUAGUUACUAUUGGUAAUGGAAUCGCACCCCGGACUCUUGUCCUUUUCUG